UCGGAGAAGGUAGAUCCGAGCUACGGUGGAUUAUUCCAUAGUUUAGUUCCUUUCUUUCUCUCUCAACUCUGCAAAGACAUUUUAUCACAUGGAUGGCUGGAGGAGGUGACGCCAUCGCUAAUGUAAGCAUAACCCAACAAAGAAGCGUGACAACAUCGCAAGCGUCACCUGCUAACGAACACCCCCCCUCACUCUCUCUCGAUCUCUUUCUCUCCACUUUCUCUCUUUUUGAUUCUCUUAAAGCAAAAGAACGAAGCUUCCUCAUGACACGUGUUGUAUAACCCUUGAAAUGAGCCUUUCAUCUUUGACGCCUCUGAUGAUUGGAUCUACAUACUAUAUUACAUAGCAACAUAUUUGGAAGUUUUUUUUUGUUUCGGCUGUUUUUUUUUUGCUUGCUCUCAGAACUUGUUCUCUUUUUUGAUUGAUUGUGGCUUGAAUUCAACUGGGUUUUUAAAUGGGUUUUGUGAGCUGAGCUGAGCUCUUUAUGCCUCCAAUUCAAGUGUGCUCAGAUUUAUUGCGCUCGCGAGAUGAGAUUGUUUAUUGGAUUGUGUAGUUUCUCUGUUACCUGUCUCAGGUCUUGUUUACUUUCUGUUUGUUUAUAUGUUUCUUAAAGCUGCUUACAAAGUCUUUUUUGGAGAAUCCAUCAACAACUGUUGUGGUCUUUGCACUUCUUGACCUUGAGUCAACUCUUUUUUUUUUUUUCCUUUCUCUUUUCCCCCAGUUCUGGAUUAGGCCAAUUUGUAUAAUACCCAGUUAGAAUUUAGGAGCUUAGUUUCAUGUUGAGAAUUAUUUUUUGAAUUCUCGUCUAUGUUGGUCUUUGAUGCGAAGAAUUGUUUGAGCCAUACCUUCAUCAUAGAGUACAUGACUUUCCCAUGUGGAAAAUCUAUAGAUGAUACUCAUUUACUGUUGAUUGCGUGGUCUAUCCUCUUGCUAUAUAAUUUGUUUCUGUUGAUUUGAUCGAUAUAAACCUUAAUUGGGCUACAAGAGGCGGAUUCAAAUUCUCAGAUAUUUGGUUUAUGGCAAAUUCGGCUGAACCAUCUUCAUCAAUAGACUUUACUUCAUCUUCCCAUGUAUCGAAUGGAACCAUUAGCUACAAUAUACCACCAGCCUCUGGUUCCCAGGGAGGGUCCAGUGUCGAAAUCAUCAGUUUAAGGAAGCUUAGCUAUAAUUUAGAACAACUUCUAGUUGACUCCAGCUGUGAUUAUAGCGACACUGAGCUUGUUGUUGAGAACAUCCCAGUAGGUGUUCACAGAUGUAUAUUGGCUGCUCGGAGUAAAUUUUUCCAUGAGCUUUUCAAGAAAGAAAAGAAGGCCUUUGAGAAGAAAGGGAAACCUAAGUACUGUAUGAACGAUUUGUUGCCUUAUGGUAGGGUCGGUUGUGAGGCCUUCCUUAUUUUCUUAAGCUAUUUGUAUACUGGAAAGCUGAAGCCUUUCCCCCCAGAGGUGUCAACUUGUGUUGACAAUGUAUGUGCCCAUGAUGCAUGCAGACCUGCUAUUGAUUUUGCUGUGGAAUUGAUGUAUGCAUCUUCAAUUUUUCAGGUUCCAGAGCUGGCUUCACUUUUUCAGCGGCGUCUUCUCAAUUUUAUUGGAAAAGCUCUUGUAGAAGAUGUCAUUCCAAUUCUUGCUGUUGCCUUUCAUUGUCAAUCAAAUCCGCUUGUCACUCAGUGUGUCCACAGACUAGCAAGAUCAGAUCUUGACAGCAUCUCUCUUGAGAAAGCGCUCCCCUUUGAAGUUGCAGAGAAUAUAAAAUUGCUUUGCCUCAAGUCUCAGACAGAUGAUGAAAGCGACACACCGAUUGUGGACCCCUUACAUGAAAAGAGCGUUAGACGAAUGCACAAGGCAUUAGACUCGGAUGAUGUUGAACUUGUGAAACUUCUACUGACUGAGUCUGAUAUCACUUUAGAUGAAGCCUAUGCUCUUCAUUAUGCUGCUGCCUACUGUGAUCCAAAGGUUGUGUCUGAGGUGCUUGGUUUGGGUCUCGCUGAUGUCAAUCUUCAGAACGCUCAGGGUUACACAGUGCUUCAUAUCGCUGCAAUGCGCAAGGAGCCAUCAAUUGUAGUAUCACUUCUGACAAAAGGAGCUCGUGCAUCAGACAUGACAUUGGAUGGGCGGAGUGCUGUUAGCAUUUGCCGGAGACUAACGAGGCCGAAGGAUUAUCAUGCAAAAACGGAGCAGGGGCAGGAAGCAAACAAAUACCGGAUAUGCAUUGAUGUUUUGGAGAGAGAGAUGUGGAGGAAUCCAAUGGCUGGGGAUGUAUCAAUAAUGUCUUCUCCAACAAUGGCUGAUGAUCUGCACAUGAGGCUGCUAUACCUAGAGAACCGAGUAGCAUUCGCACGGUUGUUCUUCCCUACUGAGGCCAAGCUAGCCAUGGAAAGUGCAAAUGCUGAGAAAACAUCUGAGUUUGCUGGUCUUCUGGCAUCAAGAGGUUCAAGCGGGAACUUGAGGGAGGUAGAUUUGAAUGAGAUACCUAUAGUGCAGAACAAAAGGCUCCUCUCAAGGAUGGAAGCUCUUUCAAACACAGUGGUGAUGGGUCGACGAUAUUUCCCUCAUUGCUCAGAAGUGUUGGAUAAGUUCAUGGAGGAUGACCUACCUGAUUUGUUCUAUCUCGAAAAGGGGAGUCCAGAGGAGCAGAAAGUUAAGAGGACGCGCUUCGUGGAGCUGAAGGAAGAUGUUCAAAGAGCAUUUAACAAGGACAAGGCCGAGCAACAACGCACUGGCUUGUCUACCCCCUCAUCAUCUGCAUUUUCUUUGAAAAACAGUGUAAAUCACAAAGUUAGAAAAUCGUGAUGAUAUAUGUCAAGUGAAGAACAAUAAUGACCAGUUUUGAAGAAAGUUUAAGGUGAGAGGAGCCUUUUGAGUAUGGGCUCUGCUUCUGUAAUAUAUAUACAUACACACACAUAGAAUUUCCCAUGUAUCUUGAGGAGAACAAAGUUGCUCCAUAAACAACCAUGUAUUUGCAAAUGCAGUUUACAUUUCAAGAUUUAUUGGGGAAAAUCAGAAAGCAAUGAAUUUGGAUAUUGGGACUCUUUUCCAAUAUCAAUA